CUCUGAGCUCCCCAUAAAGGCGGGAGCUGCCCACAGUGGCCAGGACCCAAGAUGCAGGUGAGCCGAGCAGCUGUGGCCUUGGGGCCCGUCAUCCUGGCCAUGGCCUUCCUGUGCCCUGUGGCCUCGACGGAAGACACCUGUCCAGAGGUGAAGCUGAUAGGACUGCAGGGCUCCGACAAGCUCAGCAUCCUCCGGGGCUGCCCGGGGCUGCCCGGGGCCGUGGGGCCCAAGGGAGAGGUGGGCGCCGAUGGAGUGAGAGGAGAACGGGGUGUCCCAGGAACACCUGGGAAGGCGGGGCCAACGGGGCCAAAAGGAGACCGCGGGGAGACCGGGGCGCGCGGAGAGAAGGGUGAACGCGGACAGAAGGGAGAGUCCAUACAAGCCCUGUCCUGUGCCACAGGACCUCGGAACUGCAAGGAGCUGCUCACCAGGGGGCACCUCCUCAGCGGCUGGCACACCAUCUACCUGCCCGACUGCCAGCCCCUGGUCGUGCUCUGUGACAUGCACACGGACGGCGGGGGCUGGACGGUGAUCCAGCGCAGGAGUGACGGCUCCGUGGACUUCUUCCGGGACUGGGCCGCAUACAAGCAGGGCUUCGGCAGCCAGCUGGGGGAGUUCUGGCUGGGCAACGACAACAUUCACACCCUGACCGCCCAGGGAACCAGCGAGCUCCGCAUCGACCUCGAGGACUUCCAGGGCGGCUACCAGUUUGCCAAGUACCGGUCGUUCCAGCUGGGGAGCGAGGAGGAGAAGUACAAGCUGCUGCUGGGUGCCUUCAUCGAGGGCAGUGCCGGCGACUCCCUGACGCAGCACAACAACACGGCGUUCACCACCAAAGACCAGGACAACGACGAAAAUACUUCGAACUGCGCCCAGCAGUACCAAGGAGCCUGGUGGUACAAGAACUGCCACGUGUCCAACCUGAACGGCCGCUACCUCGGGGGUGGGCACAGCAGCUUUGCGAACGGCAUCAACUGGCACUCGGGAAAAGGGUACAAUUACAGCUACAAGGUGUCGGAGAUGAAGGUGCGGCCCGCCUAGGGCCAGGGGCCGCCCAGCGCGGCUUCCACCGGGUCCCACACCCGCACGAGGGAGGGGAGACGCAUCCCUGGUCAUUAUCCACGCAGAAACGAAGAGCUUCGUCCCGUUCCCCGGCCCCCCUCGGGGACCCUCAGCCUCGCGCCUUCAACCAGCGCCCAGCCCUUCUCCCCCGCCUGCCUGCAUCAGAGCGGCCGGUACAACCCCC